AUGGCUGAGAAUCAUGUUGGGGAUGCACCAUCUCUGUGGUGUGUCUCACGUGAGGCAGCCACGGCCAGCUGGGCCCUGGGAGCCAUCCUCGCUGUGCUGGCCUCGCUCAUCAUCGCUGCCAACGUGCUGGUGGCCAUUGUCCUGCUCUGCCACAUCCAGAAGAGUGGCUCCAAGCGGCUCUGUUUCGUCCUCAAUCUUGCCUUGGCAGAUGCCAUGGUUGGCUUUACAGUCAUGGGCCUGGCCGUGGAUGAGCUUUCCCAGCCCUUUCAUGCUUCCCAGAAGUUUUGCAUCCUGAGAAUGGCUUUUGUGACCUCUUCCUGUGCUGCCUCCAUCCUGUCCCUGAUCCUGGUUGCAUGUGACAGGCACCUGGCCAUCCGGAAGCCUUUCCACUAUUUCCAGCUGGUGACAGGCCCACGGGUUGGGCUGUGCUUGGUGGGGCUGUGGCUCUUUGCUGCCAUCGUUGGCUUCCUCCCGGUCUUCAUCCCGCGCUUCCAGAGGAUCUCCAACCAUUGGAAAUGCUCCUUCUUCAACAUCUUCCAGCCUUCCUACAUGCUCACCAUGUUCUGCCUCGGCUUCUUCCCUGCACUCUUCCUCUUCCUCUACCUCUACUGUGACAUGCUGAAAAUUGCCUCGGUGCACGUGCAGCAUAUCCAGGAGGUGGAGCAGGCGGGGCUGGGUGGUGGCUGUCCCCCACCCCGUGCCACCAGUGACAUGAAGGCCAUGCGCACAGUGGCUGUGCUCAUCGGGUGCUUCACCCUCUCCUGGCUGCCCUUCUUCAUCGCCAGCAUCGUGCAAAUGGCCUGCCCUGAGUGCUUCCCCUACAAAGUCAUUGAGAACUUCCUCUGGCUGCUGGGGCUGGGCAACUCCCUCCUGAACCCACUGCUCUAUUCCUACUGGCAGAGGGACGUGCAGCUCCAGCUCUCCCAACUGGCUGCAGGUGUGAAGAGGAAGGUCCUGCUCCACCUGGGCAACGGCCGCUGUUUCCCGGGCAGAGACACCAAGGCUCCUCCUGCCGUGUCCUGCCUGGAGCUCCAGGACUGA